AUGAACAACAUUGAAUACUCUCCUCAGAUUGAGGACGAGUCCACGGAAGUAAAUUUCGUGGACUCGGACUAUCCCCUCGAUUUCUCGGCUGCACAAUUCUCGGACCCGUCUAUCUUACUACCUUCUUCUGAUGUGAAUCAAUGGUUUAAUUCAGAACACUCGACACUUGGAAAUGCUGCUCCAUUUUCUUCCAUGAGUCAUCCAGACUCGUCUGGAGACUCUAUGCCCCAGGCCGUUAAUGACCUUUCGAGCGUUGAUUUCUCACCACCAACAGCAGAGGGGUAUUUGCAUUUCAACUACCCUGACCCCCUUUCCUUCUCUAUUACAGAUUCUUCGAAUUCGCUGCUUAACCUUCCUGAAACCCAGGACCAAAGCGGAGAUCCCGAGUACAACCAGACAAGCGAGCCUGUCUCCGAUAAAUCUUGUCCCCCGUUUGAUGAAAGUGGAGCUACAAAAUCACACUCAUUUUACAAUACUACAUCUGAUCCCCACGAUUCUUCUGACAACAUGUCGGGGAAUGAAGGUCUGAGCUUGGAGACGAUGGAUGACCAAAAGUUCAAAGAGUAUCCUGUUACUCGUUUGAAAAAGAACGAGUUUAUCGAGAAUGGAAAAUUUCUUUGCAAUAACGCGGACUGUCAGAGGACCUUUGACAAAAACCGGGAGAGGAAGUAA